AUUUCACCUUCUUAGCAGCUCGUGAACUCUCUUCUCAACAGAGAGCCGCCCCAUUUCCAAUCUCACAGAGCACCACAAAUGGCGACCCGAUUCAAGAAGAAUCGCAAGAAGCGCGGUCACGUGAGCGCCGGUCACGGUCGUAUCGGAAAGCACCGAAAGCAUCCUGGAGGUAGAGGUAACGCCGGAGGCAUGCACCACCACAGGAUUCUCUUCGACAAGUACCAUCCCGGUUAUUUCGGUAAGGUCGGUAUGCGUUACUUCCACAAAUUGCGGAACAGGUUCUUCUGCCCCAUCGUGAACAUCGAGAAGCUAUGGUCGAUGGUUCCUGAGGAAGUGAAAGCCAAGGCUAGCAAGGACAAUGCCCCCAUGAUUGAUGUGACUCAGUUCGGGUAUUUUAAGGUGUUGGGGAAAGGUGUUCUGCCUGAUAAUCAGCCUAUUGUUGUUAAAGCUAAGCUGGUCUCUAAGAUUGCUGAGAAGAAGAUUAAGGAGAACGGUGGAGCUGUUGUUCUUACUGCUUAAGUUUUUUUUGGGUGUUAGGGUUUUAUAUUAUUUGAGUACUUUAUAAUUUUAUGGUUGUUAUUCGUACUUUUUUUUGGUUAAAUGGAUAUGAGUUUUUGUUUCA